GGCUGCCCCGCCCCGCGCUGCCGGACGCUGUGCCGGGACAUGGCUGCCGCCGGUGCCGGGUCCUUGAGCUGAGCGCCCGCCGCCGGGAGCCAACCGUCGCCUUCAACCGUCCGCGCGGGCGGGCCGAGGCGCCGGCGGGCGGGCGGGCGAGCAGCCGCAGCCGCCGCGCAGGAGGAGGAGGCAGCAGCAGGAGGCCCGAGCGGCCGCCGCGGCUGGGCACAUGGCGUCCAUCUUAUUGAGGAGCUGCUGCAGCUGGGCGCCCUCUCGCCUCCCGCCGCCCCGCACCGCCGCCCCGAGGGGUACUCUGAGAGAUCGUGCCUGUCUCAGCUGUGCCAACACCGUGGGGCUGAUAAGCCACCUGAUCGUGCCAUUUCACUGCCGCACUCCUGUCCACCCCGUGCACCUUUGCUUCAAAGCCGAUCCCCGUGGCUACUGGACUCUGAGGCCUGAGCGCACGUGCUCAGCAGCCAGAGCACCAUGGGCUCUCACCUCUACCAGUCUGGUUGUCCCAGGGCCACUGUUCCUUCCGUUGCGCUGCUGGCACUCAUCGGCCCCGCUGGGCGAUGACUCUGUGGUGGAGAAGUCCCUCAAGUCCCUAAAGGACAAGAACAAGAAGCUGGAGGAGGGUGGCCCCGUGUACAGCCCCCCACCAGAGGUGGCCGUGCAGAAGUCCCUGGGGCAGAGGGUUGUGGAUGAGCUAAAGCACUAUUACCACGGCUUCCGCCUGCUGUGGAUCGACACCAAGAUCGCGGCGCGUAUGCUUUGGCGAAUCCUGCACGGCCACAGCCUGACCCGCCGGGAGCGCAGACAGUUUCUCCGGAUAUGUGCUGACCUCUUUCGCCUGGUCCCCUUCCUGGUCUUUGUGGUGGUGCCAUUCAUGGAGUUCCUGCUUCCUGUCGCUGUGAAGCUCUUCCCCAACAUGUUGCCGUCUACGUUUGAGACCCAGUCCAUCAAGGAGGAGAGGCUGAAGAAGGAGCUGCGGGUCAAGCUGGAGCUGGCCAAGUUCCUCCAGGACACCAUUGAGGAGAUGGCCUUGAAGAAUAAGGCAGCCAAGGGGAACGCCACCAAAGAUUUCUCCGUGUUUUUCCAGAAGAUCCGAGAGACUGGCGAGAGACCCAGCAAUGAGGAGAUCCUGCGUUUCUCCAAGCUGUUUGAGGAUGAGCUGACCCUGGAUAACCUGACUCGGCCGCAGCUGGUGGCCCUGUGCAAGCUGCUGGAGCUCCAGUCCAUUGGCACCAACAACUUUCUGCGUUUCCAGCUCACCAUGAGGCUGCGGUCCAUCAAGGCUGACGACAAGCUGAUCGCCGAGGAAGGGGUGGACAGCCUGAAUGUCAAGGAGUUGCAGUCGGCAUGUCGGGCACGAGGCAUGCGGGCCCUCGGGGUCACAGAGGACCGUCUGAGAGACCAACUGAAGCAGUGGCUGGAGCUGCACCUGCACCAGGAGAUCCCGACGUCCCUGCUCAUCCUGUCCCGGGCCAUGUACCUCCCGGACACCCUCUCGCCCGCCGACCAGCUCAAGUCCACACUGCAGACGCUCCCAGAGAUCGUGGCUAAGGAGGCCCAGGUGAAGGUGGCUGAAGUGGAAGGCGAGCAGGUGGACAACAAGGCCAAGCUGGAGGCCACGCUGCAGGAGGAGGCAGCCAUCCGGCGUGAACACUUGGAGAAGGAGCUGCAGCGGCGCCCCGAUGCGGCGAAGGAAGUGGAGCCAGAAGUGGCGGCAGAGGCUGCCCCUGGGAGGCCUGCGGCCGAGCUGCAGCCCGGAGUGCCUGAGGUGACCCUACCGUCAGAGGCCCUGAAGGACAUGGCCCCUGUCCUAGAAGGCUUGAAGGAAGAGGAAAUAACGAAAGAGGAGAUCGACAUACUCAGCAAUGCCUGCUCGAAGCUGAAAGAGCAGAAGUCGUCCCUGACCAAGGAGAAGGAAGAGCUGGAGCUGCUCAAGGAGGAUGUGCAGGACUACAGCGAGGAUUUGCAAGAGAUCCAGAAGGAGCUUUCGAAGACCGGCGAAGAAAUCUAUGUAGAGGAGUCGAAAGCCAGCAAGAGGCUGACAAAGAGGGUGCAGCAGAUGAUCGGGCAGAUCGAUAGCCUGCUUUCACAGCUGGAGGCGGGCCAAGAGGCUGGCAGGCUGGGUCCCACCGCCGAGCAGCCACCUGCAGGGGAGACUGUCAUCAGCAUCGCUGAGCUCAUCAGUGCCAUGAAGCAGAUCAAGCACAUUCCAGAAAACAAGCUCAUCAGCUUGGCCUCCGCGCUGGAUGAAAACAAGGACGGCAAGAUCAACAUCGAUGACCUUGUCAAGGUGAUCGAGCUGGUGGAUAAAGAGGACAUCCACAUCUCCACCAGCCAGGUGGCCGAGAUCGUGGCCAUGUUGGAAAAGGAGGAGAAGGUGGAGGAGAAGGAGAAGGCCAAGGAGAAGGCUGAGAAGGAGGCCGCCGAAGUGAAGAAUUAGGGCCUGCCCCCGUCCUGGGCACCUUGGGGCCCCUCCCGCAUUGGCCUCCGUCCCGCAGCGCCGGUUGCCGGGCCCUGCUGUGCUAGUGAAGGCUUUGAGGUGAUUCUUAGUGACAAACCUAAUAUUUUGUCUGGAAUAAAUCAGAAACUUCCAUAAUCAA